CUCUGGAUCGCCAGCAGUGCCUCCAGUCUCAGCCGACAACUCCGGAGACGCGGCGCUCUGCCCCGGAGAGCAAUUGAGAGGUACUGCGACCCGCAGUCGGGGGCCCCAGCGCGGGCGAUGCGGGCACCGCUGGCGGCACCUGCGGCUCCUCUCGGCUGCGACGGUCGCCUCGGCGACAGCAGCGCAAACCACAGAAGCCUCAGCAGCCACAGCCGCUGCAGCCCGGGCAGCGGUCGCUGCCUCUGAGGCUCUCGCCCGCUCCCGGCCCAGAGGCUCCGGGAGGAUGUGGAUCCUCGGCAUCGCAGCAGCAUUUUGCGGACUGUUCUUGCUUCAAGGCUUUGCGCUGCAAAUCCAGUGUUACCAGUGUGAAGAAUUCCAGCUGAACAACGACUGCUCCUCCCCGGAAUUCAUCGUGAAUUGUACGGUGAACGUUCAGGACAUGUGUCAGAAAGAAGUGAUGGAGCAAAGUGCGGGGAUCAUGUAUCGAAAGUCCUGUGCAUCAUCGGCAGCCUGUCUCAUCGCCUCUGCAGGGUACCAGUCCUUCUGCUCCCCAGGGAAACUGAACUCGGUGUGCAUCAGCUGCUGUAACACCCCUCUGUGCAAUGGGCCCCGGCCCAAGAAAAGGAGCAGCUCUGCCUCGGUGCUCCAGCCAGGGUUCCCCACCACCUUCCUGCUCCUCAAAUUAGCCCUCUUCUCGGUGUACUGCUGA